AUGAGCAAGCUCCGGAAGCUCUUCCGCGGCAGUGGGAGAGCGCUGGCGCUGAUCUUCGCCGCCUCCGUCCUCUGGCUGCUCUUUGACAUGGCAGCCCUCAAGUUUUCAUUCAGCGAGGUCAACACGCAGGUUCUGAAGGAGGAGAUGAUCCGGAGGGAGAGGGAGAGGGGCAGAGUGGGGCGAGACCCAGAGCAGAGCCCGGACGGGGCCGGAGGGGAGCCCAGACUUGGAGGACUGGGGAGGGAUCAGAAGCAUUCUAGGUACAAGGGGGGUGAGGAUGCUGGGGGGGCCGAGUUAGACAAAGAAAAGGAGCCGCGGAGAAGAGACGACAAGAGGCAGGCAACCUCUAACCCCACACCAAAGGAAGUGAUGGUGCUGCACAGGGCGAUCCCGCUAAAACUCUGGAGCCUGCAGCCCUCUGGUCCUCUGGGAAAGAAAGUGAGGGAAAACCUUGAAGGGGAGGAAGUUCCUUCUUUGGAAGACCAAGUGGUCUUUAUCAGCAAGGAUGGGGCACAGACUCCCGCAAAGCAGAAGCUCCAAGCAGAUGCCGAAGGGAACGUUACAAACAGACUGAUAGGAAACAAUGUGCCAGUGAUGGACAGCAAAAGUAAAAUGCCUCUGAAGGAGAGCAACGUCACCAAAGUGGCCACUUCUAGCAAAACAGUUCUGGUCGGAGCCACAGCGCUGGGGAAAGUUCACAAGGUCAAUUUGGCGGACAAGGACCAAUUACAGAAAAUCAAUCAAAACGACAGCUUGAUCCCUUUAGUAGUAAGUCCUCAAAUGCACAAAGUGUUAACCAUUGAUAGGACUAUUGCCCCAAGGGACCCCAGAGCGGUGGGGCAGUUUGGGCGCCCUGCGGUGGUCCCGAGGGAAAAGCAAGAGGAAUCAAAGAGGAGAUGGAAUGAAGGGAAUUUCAACGUCUAUCUCAGUGACUUAAUCCCGGUGGACCGAGCCGUUGAGGACACAAGACCCUCUGGAUGUUCAGAUCUUCUCGUACACAAUGACCUCCCCACAACCAGCAUCAUCAUGUGUUUUGUAGAUGAAGUGUGGUCCACUCUCCUGCGUUCCGUUCACAGCGUCCUCAACCGAUCUCCUCCUCAGUAUAUUAAAGAAAUCAUUUUGGUGGACGACUUCAGCACAAAAGCUUACCUCAAGGAUAAGUUAGACCAAUACAUGUCGAAGUUUCCCAAGGUUCGUGUCCUUCAUCUCAAAGAAAGGCAUGGUUUAAUACGAGCAAGGCUGGCUGGAGCAGAGAUUGCUAAAGGUGAUGUACUGACAUUCUUAGAUUCGCAUGUGGAAUGUAAUGUAGGGUGGCUGGAGCCACUACUGGACAGAAUCUAUUUAAACAGAAAGAAAGUUGCCUGUCCUGUUAUUGAAGUCAUCAGUGACAAAGACAUGAGCUAUAUGACUGUGGAUAGUUUUCAACGUGGCAUUUUUACAUGGCCAAUGAAUUUUGGGUGGAAGCCAAUUCCUCCAGAUGUCAUUCGGAAAAAUAAGAUUAAGGACACUGAUAUAAUUCGGUGUCCUGUAAUGGCAGGCGGGUUAUUUUCCAUUGAUAAGAAAUAUUUCUUUGAACUUGGAACAUAUGAUCCUGGCCUUGAUGUUUGGGGAGGGGAAAACAUGGAGAUUUCAUUCAAGGUUUGGAUGUGUGGAGGCGAAAUCGAAAUCAUCCCAUGUUCCAGAGUAGGCCAUAUCUUCAGGAACGAUAACCCCUACUCCUUCCCCAAGGACCGCAUUGCCACUGUGGAGCGGAAUUUAGCUCGUGUUGCUGAGGUCUGGAUGGACGAAUACAAAGAUCUCUUCUACGGACAUGGGUACCACCUCAUUCUGAAAAACCUAGAUGUUGGAAACUUGACUCAGCAGAUAGAACUGAGGAAGCGGCUUCAGUGCAAAAGCUUCAAGUGGUACCUGGAAAACGUCUACCCUGACAUAGAGGCACCCCUUGUUAAAGCCAGUGGCCUGAUUGUUAACAUCGCCUUGGCAAAGUGCAUCACGGUGCGUGAAUCUAAUCUGACCCUCGAAAAGUGUGAUGUUAAUAACAAGAACCAAAAGUUCAACUACACGUGGCUGAGACUGAUUCAGCACGGAGACCUCUGCCUGGCGCUGACGGAUGCUAAAGGGACUCUGGGCCUGCACCCUUGCGAUAAAAGAAACAAUAGUCUGAAAUGGCUGCAUAAAUCACUGGUUGCUUUUCACCCAGAACUCAUGGAUCACAUUGUUUUAGAACAUCAUCCACAGGCCACGUGCUUAGAAGUGGAUCAGUCUCAGAAAGCCCUAAGGGUAAACAUUUGUUCCACCUCCAAUCCUUAUCAGAAGUGGCAGUUCGGAAAUUAUUAUGCUGACUGA